AACGGGUGCCUGAAACUAGUAUAAAGCUGUGCGGUCGAUGAUCAGAGGACUAGAGUUUGCCGCCAUGAAGAACGUUCUAUCUCUCCUUGUUGUCGUUUUUUUCGCUGGACUGUGCUUUGCACAGGAUUAUCCAGGGAUCCCAACAGCAGAGCCAUCAGCGGGAAAAUGUCCCAAAGAGUUUCCGAUGAUCGAGUACGUGAUGAAGCCUAAACCAUGUCGUGUAGAAAAACCCUACUGUCCUAAGGGUCUCAUGUGUUGUCCUUGUCCUAAAACAGGAAAAAAAUAUUGUAUCCGACCCAGGAUGGAUGAAGACCAAUCCACUGAUGAUAGUGACUCUUUCUGGGAGGAAUUGAAGAGGGAAUUUAUGGAACACAAGGAUGAUGAUUACGAUUGUGACGAUGACGAUGACAGGAAGGAGGACGGCGAUAGAGUAUACGAGAUGGAUCGUCUAGCUGAGGAAGAAAAGGGACACACAGGGAUGAAGAAACAUCGCAUGAGAUGUCAUCAUAAACACAGAAUGCACAAGAUUGUCCGGAUCGUCGCACCAGUAGUCGGACUGAUCAUCAUGGUCGCUAUUGCUGUUACUGUGGCAUGCUGCAUCCGGCGCCGACGCAUUAGGCGAGCUGCUGAGAAAGCCAGAAAAUCCGUUUACACACCUGAAAACAUCGCCCCGGUUCCAGACAAGGCGGCAAUGAAAGGAAUCCUUGGCCUGGAAUUCUCCCCGGAAGUUUUUGUUUCUUCUGAGCCCGCGUACAAGAAACUGGAGGAAGAGAAAGAGCGCAUUUAAAAUAACUGAAAUAAAAGUUCUAUUGGUUCGAUUUGGACUACGAAAAAGAACAUGUAUACUUUCCAUGAUUUUUUUUUGAAAUAUUAUACAUCUGUAUUUUUUAUAAAUUAUGCACCUUUUGUUUUUGACACAUGUUGUGUAUAUAUAGAUUCCUUUUCGCAAUUACGUGUUCUUUAGCAUUUGAUCUACAUGUAAAUAUAUAUCGGUAUGAAAAUUGAAUUUUUUUGUUGAAGUAUAAGUAUAUAUGACACAUGAUAUACUGAAAUAUCCUUGCUGCUCUACUAUCAAUGUACAACAUGGAAAUCUCUUCUUUCUUGAAAAUUCUACUGUGAAUUUGCCUUUCCUUCUUAUAGAUGUACGUGAUGUUGUCAAUAUGUAUAAGUAAAUUACAAAUUCUUUCAGGUUCUUUGGAUUCAGUACGUUUAUAUGCCUACUAUUAAUGUCAGUUGAUAUUUACAUUUGUUUUGAAUGACCUCACCUCCAAAAUGUACUUUUACUCUUGUUCAUAAGGCGUUAAUAAGAGGAUUUGUAGACCUAAUGGGUCAUUUGAAAUGUUAGAUACCUGCGGGACAGGAACAAUCUUGGUAGAUUUGUUGAGUUUUAUAAAAUAAAUGUAUCUCAAUCUC